AUGGUUUUUGCAGCUACCUUAAGUCCAGUGCCUUAAUUGAAUGAUAGUAAUAGAACUUUUUUUACAAUGGAUUUGAUAUGGAUAUUUUAAGCAAUUUUAAUAUUUUCUUUUCCAUAUAUUAUUUAUAUUUUUGGCUCUCUAGAUAUCUUUUAUACAAUUUAUUAUGGGUUUUUUAUUUUUGACAGUCUAGGAAAAAACAGCAGCUUAAAUAUUAGAAAUUUAUUAUGA